ACAUCAGAGCUCGAGGAGGCACCGUGCAGUCACAUGUCAGAGCAGGUUUUGGACACGAGCCAGAGCUGCCAGGCCACAGAUCCUUCAUUCACUCACUCGGUCCCUCGCUGCCUGCCAGGGUUAAUACAAGUGUCAAAAGGAGCGGGGCUUACAGACAUUAACUAGGUGAAAGCCAUCUGUCCACCGCAGCGGGGGCUGCUGGGGGACGGUGACAUGUGGACGGCGCGUCCGUGGCCCUUUAAGAAACUCCAUGUUUUCGCUACAUGAUGCGUCAACAUAAAAAGCGGAUGAUGCUGUUAUGUAAAAACACGCUGGAGUGGAGCUGUAGUUUGCAGGAGCUCGCUGGAUGCCUAGCAUUGCUUUCUUCGUCUCUUUAAAGCAGGAUUGUGGUUUUUAAAGUGCGUUGGGAUUGGGAUUUUUACGCGUCGCGCUCAGUUGGGAGUUUUACCGAAAGGGCUUCAACAUGAGUCGUCCUCCGCUCCGUUUUCCUCCUUCACUUGCGGAAAGCAUACACCUGACGCAUCUCCCGCUCGCCUGGUGGAAGUGUUCUUUCUCUUUCUGAAGAAGAACCGAGCGGAGUCAUUUCACGACCUACCAAAGCGGUAAGUGACAACAACUCUUAUCAGCUCUCGUGCUAAACUGAAAGUGUCAAAGCAGGCGGACUCGAGCGAUGACACAGCCCCGUGUUUGGCUCAGUGUGUGUCGGCUCCACAGCCCUCUGUUUGCUGGGGAAACUUUUGGACAUCUCCGUGUCUCUCUCGUGCAGGUGGUUUGCUCUCUCCUUGUCGUGUAAACACACAGCUGAGCCUCACUUUGAACACUUUGAGUAGAAGCUUUGAGUCUGCUGCGGAGUUUGAGGGUUUCAUUGCUCAAGUGAAAGGCAGCCUUGAAGAUGUGUUAUGCUACUGUGAAUAACUGCUGUAGUUGUCAGCCAUGUCGUAGUUUAAGAAAAGCACCAAAAACUCACCGAUAGUCUCUUUAAUUGUGAUUGUGAUGGCUGCAUCUGUUAUUAUCCCAAAUACCGUCGACGUUCAACUUACUCAUAUGGCGUCCAUAAGGGUUUUCUUCAAAUAGAGGCAUUAGGAAAGGGUCUCAAAUAUUUUGAAUACUGGAUCUGAAGGGAAGAGUUGCCAAAGUCAAUGUUAGUAUGGUGGCCGAGAACCACCACUGCUGCAAAUAAAAAAGAAUGCUAAAAAAAAAAGGAGUCACAACGGAAGUUACUGAUGGAAAAAAAAAAAAAGAAAGGAAGAAACUGAAGCCCGCCGCAAAUAAAAAAAGAAGCGGUGCAUAUUUAAAAAAGUUAAGUUAACAACAGAAUAAAAAGUGGUGAUGGAGAAAAAAAAAGGUACUUACUGCGAAAAUAAAAGGUAGCAAAAAAGAAAAAUAGGGGCCACAAUGGAAGUGAGCUGCCGGGGACCAAUAAUGAUGAUGCACCAGCGUUUUACGAUCUAGGCACAGAAGACGAAGGCGAGAAGACAAGCAAAGAAGUAAGUGGAGAGAUUAUUGUUUGAUUUCACUUCGUGUGCUUUUCAAUGUGUCAUUUGGUUAGGCCAUGUAGCGCCUGAGUCGAUGCUGGUGUAGUGUUAGCUUCAGUUCAACUUCAUAUCGACUCGGGCGCUACAUGACCUAACCAAAUGACACACUGAAAAGUGCACAAAGCGAAAUCCUCGGCAGCUCACUUCCUUGUGGCCCCUUUUUUUGUUUUUGCUUCCUUUUAUUUUCGCAGUCAGUAACUUUUUUUUUUCCAUCACCACUUUUUUUCUGUCGUUAACUAAUCUGCACUGUUUCUUUUUUUAUUUGCAGCAGGCUUCGUUUGUUUUUUGUUUUUUUGCAUCAGUAACUUUCGUUGUGACUUCUUUUUUUUGCAUUCUUUUUUAUUUGCAGCAGUGGCGGUUCUUGGCCACCGUAUGUUGGCACAAAUAAUCACACAAAGAACAUUGUAACAUCUCCAAGUAACUAAAGAACAACUUGUACCACAACUGCAUCUAUCAUUUAUGUAAAGAUAAAUUCACUUCUUUAUUCAGAUUUGAAUGCUAAGCCUGCUGAAAAGAUGAGAUUCAACACACCUGUGUGCAGAUAUGUGAGUUAUUAUCCCCUUUCUUCCACACUUCUCGAAAUUUAAGUAAAGAUAAGAUAAGAUGUUCCAUUAUUAGUCCCACAGGGGGAAAUUCCAAAAUUAGCAGCAGCAUAGUUAGAUACAAAAAGAGAAAAAUUAAAAGAUAAAGAAACUUUGAAUUAAAACAAGAUGUGUGCAUGCGUCAUAUUCACAUUUGUACAGAAUUUACAUAAUAAGUGUUACCACAAAGACAAGGUCAGCUAGAGAGUUUUCAGAUUGUUUGCUUUUCAGGUUUUUUGUUACCUCAUGAGGAUCUCCAAAGCUGUCAUAGUUUGCUCAACAUAUUCCAGAAACAGGGACCAGCAUGUCAGCGAAAUUGUGCUGCAGUUUUUCCAAAGAUUUCAUGGUGUAUUAACUCAAAAACUAAAGUAAAAUGUUGACUCUUACACGCACCGCUGAGCACAGGAACAAACUGUGAAUAAGACAUAAAGAAAGAACAAUAAACAGAAACUUUGCAGCACAUAAUCAAACUGUCUGCUGCUUAAACAUGCUAUUGUUUUAUAGGGGUGGGAGAACAAAUCCAUACAGCAUAGUAUCGUAAUAUUUUCUCUGGGGAUAUAUUGUAUUGUCUCAUUUACAAAGUAUCGAUUUUUCAAAUUAUCUGCUAAUAUGAAGUCAAAUCAAUGUUAAUGGAUAAAUAAAAUCAAUUGGUUGUCCAGUGAGGUUGGCAGAGGUGACAUUAUAGAGCGGGAGAAAGUUAGUACAACAAAUAUAUAAAAGGUUUGCAAGAUGUGCUACAUGAAAAUAAAAUACAGCGUAAAUAAGGCAAACAUAAAGGAAAGCCAAUUAAUAAAUUAGCUUAACAAUGAAAAAAAUAUAUAAAUCACAAUAUAUUGUGUAUUGUGUUAAUGCUAUACAAACUCUAUUGCCAAAUGUUAAAAAUACCACAAUAAUAUCGUGUCAUGGACCAAGUAUCAUGAUAAUAUUGUAUUGUGGAGCCACUGGUAAUUCCCAUCCCUAUUAUUUUGGUGACAAUUUGAACACAUACAGACAUUUUUACUGUCCAAGUAAGUUCAGAGUCAGUCCAGUGUUGGUGUUCAGUGCUAACCUAUCACUUGAUUUGGACAGAUUUUCACCAUCAAACCUACAGCCUGAUUUUUUUGUUAAUCUCAUAUUUAUUUCCAUCUGUACUGUGAAGAGAAAUACUUUCUUUGUCAACGGUAAUGGUGAAAUAUGAUGAUGACUGCUUUUUUUCUAACCAAAUUUGACUGGUUGAAUCUUUUUAAACUUCAGUUCCUCUUUUUCUCAAGCCCUGAAAACUACUUACUCAACUGAUAUACUCCUUUUUGAUACUUGUAACUGGGUUUUUACACCAUGAUACUGGUAUUUAACUUAAUUUAGGAGAUUCAGUCGUGUUUCUUAACCGUUGGUUAGAUAAAUGAGGCAUUUUGAUCUCUUUAGCAGUGGCUCAGGGGACAUUUUCAGGAGAUUAUUGGUUCCAUCAUGAUUAAUUGUUAGGUCAGAGUAUAAUCAUUAGAUUAAAGAUUAGAGAUAUGUUUGAGUUUGAGGCAUUUUUGGCUUAAAAACUACUUAAUUUUUGGGAAGCUGAUUAUCUCCUGUUGUAAAAGACCACUGAACACAACAGGCUUUGACGUGACAUCAGUGUGAUAACGCAUGACCAACAAGUCGCCCAGUGAGUUCUUCAGUAUAAUGGUGUUUGUAAAGCCCCUUGUGCACAGAAAAGCCUGACAAUAGAGCUUCAGUUCUGGAGGUCAGCGUAGAUUUGUGUCCAGCCUAUUCCGCACAGCAGACCCUGACAGGCCCGUCAUAGCAGCAUGUCGAACAGAGGUGCAGCGCCCACACGUGAGCCAUAAAGCUGGAUAUCAAUCCUGCACAUAAUCCCAUUAUGUCUGAAGAAGUGUCCUGUUGUGGACAUAGGGGGAGGAGGAGGAGGAGAGGAAAGGGGAGGAGUAGAAGGGGGAAUGUGCCUCCUGUCACCCAAAACACGCUGUCCUCCCACGGGAGAUACUUACCUCUUACUCAGAAACCACACAUGUGCUCAGAGGGAAAAGAAGAAAGGGCUGCAGGGGAUUGAUCUGACAGACAAAGAAUCAGUAGAGGGACUAAAAAGUGAGCUUUGUUGUUUACUUUUCAGACUGUAAACUGAAAUACACUCCGGAGGACAAAGAUGUGGAUUACUUUUGAUGGUUGAUAGUUUAUGAUACCUGAAUCAAACUCUAACCAAAAGAACAGAGAUUUACUGUGCCACCCUCCAUAUUCAUGGCUCUGAUCCUAUCGUGACUGAUCAGGGCAACAGUUGACUGAAUAGGGAGAAGGUGUGGAACAAUAAGAAUAUGGAUUCACUUAUUUGUGUGAAGGUGAGGGGCUUUUCUUUUGGAUAGAUUUCUGUGUCGCCAACACAUGGUGUUAGAGACGUAUGUACAAAAACGAUCAUGUAGCCACAGGUGUAGAGAGGAGAGCAGGAGGAAACAGGUGUGUGUAUCUGUGUGUGACUGAAUAAGCACGAUGAGAGAGAGAGGUUGUAUUGAUCAUGACUGCCAAGCUAAAGAGUAAGAGACAUUGUUGUAAAGGAUAUUAUAUAAAAGUUUGAAGGACUGAAUGAUUUGUUAGAUCUACAGCUUGUGGUCAAGUGUAAGCAGUAAAAGAGCUGAAAUCCUUAAUUUUUUGAUAACGGAGUGUAAAAAUAUGUCACAACAAGUGAAAUUUGGCAUUUCGUAAUUGGGUGAUAAAUACCGUAAAUGACGACAAUUAUGAUAUUUCCCAUAAUCAAGCACUCCUGUCCAAUGGUGUCUUGAAACCUGUUAUAGUCAGGGUAAUCAUAUCAUGCAGAUUAUCGGCUGAUAACGGCAUCUUUAUUAUUCAUUAUUCCAAUAAUACUGUUUUAUAUGAUAAAGUCAUGGAAGUCCAAGAUCCACCUUUUUGUGGCAGAUGAUCAACGGUGUAUUUUAAACAGUUUCCUGAGUCUGCUCUGUGAGAUGUGAUCUUUCACUAAAUCACAGCCUUUCUUACCCUCAACAGUUAUCUUUUUGGUCACGGCCAUCAGGAGUGGGUUUUGAUCUGUUUUGGUAUCAGGCUUAAAAGAAGUCAAUGUCCUGCAUCUCUAAUUUGACUGCAGGAAAAUAUUUCCUCCAAGUGACAACAGCAUCCCGUCCAAUAUGAAAGCUUGUAUUGUUCAUGUUUCACUGGAAAAGUACAGGGACACACACAUCCCUCUUUUUCCAAAACACUCCUCAUAGUCACUCUGUUGUGCCACACAGGGGGAUGUUAAAUAUUAUCUAACAGGAACUCAGGCAGCUCAGCAGGCUUGAUUGUUUUGGAUGCCAUUCAGAACGAGUUACCUUUACUUUUUAAAAUGUUACCGUCACAUGCUGAUCCUCCGUCAGCCACACAAGGCGGCUCAGCGGAAACAAGGCUGAUAUUAUCAGAUAUACCAAGGAUGAUUUCAGAGUUGUAACAUGAGCCUGUGGCCGUCUUUCCAUGUUGUUAUAACAUAAUUCUUUAUGAGAUCUUCACUGAGAUUGAGGCUGGAUUAACCUGCUGAGGGGCCUAGAGGCAAAAACAAACUGCUGGGGCCCCUGACAAACCCCCAUUCCUCCCAUUCCCACAUUCAUGGAUUAUGCAACAUAGACGCACAAAACAGAAAAAGAGCCUCUUUGGCAACAUAUGAGCUGAACAUCUUGAUGGUGGGAGCUGAUGGGGCUCGAGCAGAAAGAUAAACAGAGACUGAGCGUAAAACAAGAGAGUAAUCUCACCGUGUUUCUAUGUAAAUGCUAUCCUCUCUUAAAAUGCUGAGAUAUAUUUUCCACUCACUUUUCAUGUUUCAUCAAUACAGCUGGAUGAUUGUCUUGGAGAUGUAUUAACACAAAGUGGGAUGUUUUUUCGAGUCAAAUGGAGCAGUAACCCCAUCAAGGCUCGCCACUGAGUCAUCUUUUUGACUUAUCUGCUUUGAAAUUCACCCAAAAAACAAUGAAAUCCCAAAGUAUCGACACUCAAUCUGAAGAGUUCUGGAGACUCUACCUGGAUAUCCUUUGUAAUUUAUUGUAAUCCAGUCUUGGUAGGGAUCUGGGUUUAUGGGGAUAUGGCUAAAAAGAUAUCCAACAGGGAAAACUGUCAAACAAAUCAAACCCUAGUUGAAAGAGAAAACUGUAUAACACAGACUCAUACUGUCUUUUAUAAACGUGCACCUCAGCGUGCAGAUAGACUUCUUACUGUGUAUAAAAACAGACUUAUAUUUGCAUUUACUGUCCCUUCAAGUGCGCCUCCUUACACUUUAACGUCAGAGCUGUAGAGCUUCACAUCAUCAUGUCUGGUUAUCUGACUUAGUUACAGCUCCUGGGGACUUUUUAACUGGUGAUGAAACAGACUGAAAUGUAACACUUAAUAAUCUGCAAAAGCAAACAAGACAAUUAGCAGUGUGAUUAAUUACUAUUUGGUCUUUUAUGAUUUAUGGAUGAAAUUGCUGUAGGUGGGUGUCAGAUUAAGGGAUUCAUGGCACACAAGGGGUGCAACAAAAUAUACUAUGGCAAUAUAUUGUCAUCCAGACCUGUGCUCUGAAUAGAUUUCCCUGCUAAUUUGACUCACUGGAUCACUACAAUAUCACUCCUUGCAUUGAUGCUAAUCACAUGAAUGGGGGGUAAUGUGGCAGUUAAUUGGCCAAAGGAGAUGCGGACAGCUGCAUAAUGUCAUUAGAAGACAGGGGGAUGUUAAGCAGUGGUGAAAAAAUAUCUAAGAUGUGUUAAAAGCCACCUUUAAAAGUGAAAGGCAAGAAAGGAGAAGGUGAUCAAGCUCUUUCUGGUGAGACGAGGGGGAGGACUGAACUCCAGUGUGCAGAGGGAGUUUUGCUUAUCUGAGAUGGAUACGGUCCAGGGAGACCUAUGAGACUGUUACCACCCCAUUCAAUUGACAAAGAGUAAGAAAUGGAUUCCCACUUGCUAAAAGCCAGCACAUUAAAUGAGAGUUACACAAGUGUUCAAAUGUUAGAAGUUUUACUGAAGGCUAUUGAGGACUGAAAAAUACCUCGCUUUAGUUAUUGGCUUCACUGUAAGUACCAUUAAACCAGACCGUCUCUGUGGUGGGGAAUGCAGGUUUUUGCAGACUUUUUGGAUCCGCAGUAUGUCCUGCUGUCUUGACACUACAUUUCAGACAUCAUGGAGCUCUACAGCAAAGUUCAUGACACCAUAUGGGGUGAUUUAACACAUGAUGUGACCGCUGAAAGCUGUACAGCAAACAUUCAGAGCUCUGAUGUUUGUCCUAUGUCAUGUCAUGUGCUGGGCCUCACUGAACACUGUAUUGUUUCCUCUAUAUCCUGUCUCAGGUGAACUGGGUCAGGUGAUGUGUAUAUAUUUUUUAUUUUUAUUUUUUAAAGCAAUAUAAAGGAGGAAAAUAAUGAAAGAAAGCUGAUUCAACCCAUAAGAUUCAUGUUCAGAAGUAUAAACAAAGGGAGCAUUUAUAAAUGUGAGAAAGAUAUUCUCAGCACGUUUCUUAUUAUUAAUCAAACAUAUGAAAUGCUGUGGCAUAUGCUGUGUUCUCAGUUGUACUCGGAAGUCAGAAUUUCUGAGCUCCAAGUCAGAAAUUCAUCGGAAACAACCCCCUGAAUUCAAAUUUCCAACUCAGAAAGUCGGACGAUCCUCGCCAAACCUGACUUGACGACAACAUCAGUAUCCAAGAUGGCAGCGCAGUGCAUCAACAGUAAAGAGUAACAGUGAAAGCUCUCGUAAUGUAUUAUUUAUUAGCACUUCUGUUUAGUUUUUGUGAAAUUAAUAAGUGGUAUAUGUUGUACUGCCCAACGUCUAACUGUGAACAUGGUGCUAUGGUGUUUGUAAGAGUAAAAUACUGUGUCAUGCGUUGUUUACAACUGGUAAAGCCAACAAAAACUACUAACAACAUCUGACAACUGCUAACAAUUGUAAACAAAAGCUAUCAACGGCUAACAGUAGGCGUCCAUCUUGGUUUUUCAACUUGUUAACUGAAGCGCCAUCAACUCGGGUGUAGCAUCAUUCCCAGCUCCGACUUCCGAGGUAACUGGAACGCAGCAAUAAACUCAUAUGAUGGCAGCAUGUAUCAGACUAUGAUACAGUAAUCCUGAUGUUCUUGGUAUCUUUUGUUGUUGUUGUUCAUUUGGAGAUAGGCUGCUUGAACAUCUUAUUACCCCCCCAGCCUGGUCCUUCAUGUGAACUAUUGUAUUUGCAAAGUGUACAUGUGCAAUAGUGAAAUCAAAAAGCGUGUCAUGAUAAUCACAUGACCCUCCAUUUUGUCACUUUUGAAGCAAAACAAAACUUGUGGAGUCUCAUAUUCCAAGUUGUUCUGAAUCAAAUUAGUGCAGCCCUUCACUGAUUAACAGAGUAAAGUGACCGCUGUGCAGCAGACUCUGCAUGUGUCACAUGACCAUUAAAAAGCACGGGACACCGCUGCGACCACAGAUAUGCAAAUAUGCAUAUUUGCAAAUAUGCAGGCUGUUAAUAGUACAAGUGCCAAAUAUUUAUUUACAGCAACAUCAACUUGCAGAGAUUUAAGGACUUAGCUUUGUGUGGUUCUCAAAUAACACAUGAUGGUUAGCUUAAAAGUAACUAUCAAGGGGCUGGACAUGCCAAUAAAAAGAACAUUUGAGCAUUGUAAAAAAGUGUAUCUUCUCAUGUCAUAAUGAAAGUCACAAAAAGCAGUCUUAAUAAAGAGGAAUCAGAAUUUAAUCUAUACUGUUUCAUAACCCUCCUAAACUCUUCUCCUCUUGUUGUAAUGCGCUUUAGUUUUGCAGUGGGAUCUUAAUCUUGUUUGGCUGCUGGAGUUUUUCUCUGGUUUGAAUCUUGGGUGUCUCUGGAUAAGUGAAGCUGUGCUGAAGCCUGCACUACUCUUAAAGCCAUUAGGCAGGCUUUUUCUCUCUCUCUCUGUCUCUCUUUCCCUGACUCACCCUGGCAUGGUGCCCGAGACACAGCUGUGAAAAUUACAGGUCUGUUUCAUAGAAACAUAGAAGACGAGGAGGCGGGGUCAGUGGGGGAAGAAGCAGAAAGAGAGCUGAGACCCGCAGCCCUGGCGUCAGCUGUCAGCCGGCCCACAGCUGCAGUAGAUGUGGAGCUUUCAGAGCCGGAGUCUUGCUCUGUUCUCACACACACUAGGAUUGUUUACAUGGCGUGCGCGUGUGUGUAUGUGUGUGUGUGUGUGUGCAGGGAGAACAUUAAACCUUGUUUGUCAGAGGCCGGACAGAACAGAAGCCCUCACUGUGACUGACAAACGUCAGGCUCCUUCAGUAAAAGGCACAUGGCACCAAGCGUCCUUCAGCUUGGCAGAUGCUAACAAGCAUGACUGAGGCGAUGGCAGGUGGGCAGACGGGCACCCCCUCCCUUCCCCCUUUAGUCCUAGCUCCCUCCUUCUCUGCUGGGUAGAAAAUCCAGCGACAGACCUUCUCUAUCAGAGAGUCAUUGUUCAUGAUGAUGAUGACUAUCUCUCUGUGUCUCCAUUCUCUGUGCUAUCUCAAUCCAUCACUCUCUUGUCUUUUUACCUCCCCCUUUCUCCCCCUUCCAGUCGAUGCCUUUCACACUUUUUCCUAAUUUCUCUUCUCCCUCGCUCUCUCAGAAAGUCCGUGUCAAACGUUUGUAUCCCUGAGGAGCUGUCAAGCAAAGAAAAGCAGGAGUGAGGAUGUGAAAAAUGGUCCCACUGAUUUCUACUUAGUUUGACUUUUCUCUCUCUCAGUAAAAGCUGAAGUGUGAGAUCCCCUCUACUUUUCCUCACUCUCCUCUUCGAUCUCUUUAAAUUCAGUCUUCAUCGCUUUCUCUCUUCAUCCGGCUGCCUUGUCUUAAUUUCUCUCCUCCCUUCCCUGCUCUCUCUUUGCCAGUCAGGAUGUCUGGCAUCCUGCCCCGUCUCUUUGAAGAGGAACAGUAGCAGCAGAUAAUUACACUUCCUGUCCUGUAUCUGCUCUUUGGUGCUGAACUGUCAUCUCUACAUCUGUAGGCUACACCCUGGAGGUGACAAAUAACAGCUCACUGUUUUGUUGUGUGGCACCAAACUAAAUCUUUCCCACCUGCUGCACUUUUUUUACGAUUCAGUGACCAUCCCUUAAUGUUAUUACUUCACCUACUUUUUCAGCACUGGCACCUGAAACCUUUCAAAAUCAGAGUGUUUUUGCUCUCUAAGCCUUUGUCUUUGAAACACCAAGGCUUGAGUUAAUAUUUCAUCACAAGACAGACUCAUGUUACUCAGCGCUUAGCCUGACCCUCACGAUUGCUACAGUGUCUCUCUGCUCAUGCGCAGUCUGUUCCUCUGCUUUACUUACACACACACCGAAGUAGAACAUCAUUCACGUGUGCAUAUUUUUGAAUAAUUACACCGGAACAAGCAGCAAAGGUCAAGGCCUAUCUUCUGCUCCACCUAUUUUCCUUUUUCUAACAUAAUCAAAAGUUAUCAUGUUAUAUCAGCAGUUUGGGGCCUCUUCAGAAACAGGGUGGCACUUCAAGAGCUUUGAUAUUUUAGUGCGUGAAUAUUAAAGUGAUGUAUUAUUUAAGAGGAUGUUAAAUUUUUAGUAAGUCAUAUGCACCUGGUUGCCUUUUAGAUCUUGUUCUGCAGCAGUUUUCACUCACUCAAUCUGACUUUCUUGAUAUCUGUCCUUAAAGGGAUCCGGUGUAAAAUUAAUUUAUCAUUUCUUUAUCAUUUCCUUGAAGUAAUAAUCACCAUAUUAAUCAUUUUGAACUGCAGACGCAGUAGUUCUUCUGCCUCAGCAUCUCGGUCUGAUUGCAUUUCCAUGAAGAAAUGAUCAUAAAUGUUCCUCCUUGAGCUGCGUCACCCCGCUGUAGUCUGUAAUGGACUGGCUGGAGGUCUCGCUUCAAACAAGCGGCUGCUGGAAGAGAGUAGGUGAGUUGUGUUUAGUGGCGUUUUGGUUGAGGUUUGUUUAUGGCUCCUCAGACUGCUGUGUAUUGCUAUCCUGCAGUCAUUACUAAAGUUGGUAUAACUAGAGAACCAAGCGGUCGGCAACAUUUAUCUCUCGAGGGGGUGUCUAACUUGGUGUUACGGUGUGUUUGACCCUGAAUUAAUUUUACGCCUGAAUAUCCCUUUAUGCCUGGCUUUUAAGAAAUCAAGAACGUGGUGGCUGAAACCCAAACUCAAGACUUUGUUGAAGAUAUGACCAAAAACUGAUGGAUGUCAAUGAGUGAACAACUGAUUUUACACACCAAACUGAAACUGAACUUCUAUUAUUAUAAAGCCAAAACAACAGUUUACAGAUGGCCUUACCUUACAUUCAUAAGCAGGUCUGAUUCUGCGGUGUCUCCAUACCUGAAUAGUUACCAAUUCCACAUGCAUAUUCUGGAUUUAAAUGAAUAUUUUGCAUUUGUUCUUGCUCUAUUUUGACUUCCUGCAACAUAUAUUUGUUGCAUUUCCUGCAUGUUUCUAUCAUUAUAUUUUCUUUUUUUUUUUUACUUUUACCUGCUGCUUUGAUUUUGCACUGUUCCUGUGUCCAAGACAGUUUCUUCAAAAGGCUCAUCUCAGCAGUUGCUGGGUAUUUGCACUUGCAGGCCACCCUACUGCUCCCCCUUUAUGCCCCUGUAAAAACCUACCUGAGCUCUGACUCUGCCAAGAUCACUUUUUUAGUCUCCAGUGCUCUGAUGCUCUGUCAGCUCCAAUGCAGACGCUCUGAAGCAGAAUCUGAGCUCUGACUUUUCAGGCGGGGCCAGCAGAAGGGGAGAUCAAUAAAGUAUUACAGUGUUAUUUCACUCUCUCUGAUGAUAUCUCCCCACCUCUGAAUGAAAAAUGUUUCAUCUUCAGUAAAUAUCUCCUCAGGUGAGAGUUUCUGGGGUGAGAUCUUGUCAACUAAGGUACUUUGUAGAUCACUUGGGAGAUAUCUGAGGUGGAAAUGGUCUGAAGCACACCGAGAUGAUACAAAAGAGCAGACAACCCUGAAGAGGUUUGGUUUGGUCCAGAGUUUAGAGUUAUAAAGUAUGUCUUCCUCUCUUUCAGACAGGUGUAUAGUUUCCUGACAUGACAGGCUAUCUCAGUGCUCACCAUGAUCAAAGAUGAGAUAAAAGCACUUGAAUGUUGUAAAACGUCUCAAUAACCUGCACUUUUUGGGUCCUUGAACAUAACAUUGGAGGCAUUUUAUGCAUGUGUUAUCUUGUUUGCUCAUUCCAUAAGGUAAAUUCAUUUUACAGUAAGGAACAAGUGUUAGGUGUAUGUUCCUGGUGUAUGAUAUUUUCAAUGUAAUCUACGUCUGCAAUUAUUGCUAUCUAUUGCUUGGUCUCCUUGUGUAAAAUGUGCACAAGGGUUAAAUCUCACCAGAGUAAUGCACAAUAUCCAUCUCUUAUUUGAGUACAACCUGGGAAAUCUGAAUAUCUAUCCUGAAAAAAUAACAGAUUAAUUCAUAAAUAACUAUUAAACCAUAAAUACAAAAGAGAAAUGUAAGUACGACUUGGAUAUAUAAUUUAAAGUAUAAUUAAAUUUCUAUCUGCUGUUCUUCUUACUGGUCUUUGGUAUUAGCCUAUCACAGAUACGACCUCUAUUGGUUGAAAAACAAAGGUAGCACCCUCAGUUUAGCAAACCCAGCUAUCAACAAAUAUAUGUUUAUAUUUAGUUUUAAAAAAUCCAUUUAUUUCCAUAGGAAAGCUGAAACUGAGUGUGACUGAAAUCAGACGAAAUUGGACUCCCUGUAGCUGGACUAACAGCCCUGCAUGAUAAGGUUGGGGAUCUCAGUUGGACUGAAACUGGCCGAGGGAUCCUGCAUAUGUUCAAGUGUUCACACGACAUGCUCUCAGCUGGAGGUUGAAUAGCGUAAAUGCGUUGCUAGAGAGCCAGAUAGUAAAUCAAACCUUGAUAGACCAAAAAAAGACAAAUAAAAAGGUGGAACUUAUAAUACAAAAAUAAUGUACAUACUUGGAAAAGUGACAUUGUUUCAUCAUUCAACAUUCAACGCGUUUUGUUACAUAAUAGGUCAACCGUCAAGUACGUGCAUUAGCAGAUCUGCUGUCUCAGGAAAUCCCUCUAUGGCGCUCCCCCUUGAAGUACUUGUGGUAAUGGUGCUGUGUGGAACCAGCUGUCUACUCAGAGGGGGUCCAUGCCCCAAAUGGGUGCAGCGACUCACUCCUUGUGAUGAGCUGUGACACACGUUACAUAAAUCGACCUAAUUGAUUACGUUGACGUGUUUCCCUGUGUAUUAUAAAACCCUACCAGGGCAAAACAGAUCAAUAGCAAGGUGAUUGAUCAUUGCUAUAUUUUUACGCUAAUUUACCAUAACCACUGGCUCUGGCAGGUGUCAUAUGAGGCAAUAACAAAAAGCAUUUACCCUAUUUUUCACUGCACUGACUUAUAGUGAUUCAUUUGUUUGAUGGAGGCAAAGCAAGAGAUUUUUCCCCAGCAGUCGUAACUCACACAUGAACAGGAAAAUGAUCUACUAAGAGAUAAAAUCACCACAGGGAUGUUUGAAGUCAAAACUAAGCUAAAGCUCCCCAUAAGAGCUUUAAAUAUAUUUUAAUAUGUAGAAAUUGCUUUUCCUACCUGGCAAGGCUAAAAAACUUAUUCUGAUUGACAGUAAAUAAUUUUAAUUAGUGGUCCUGUGUGUCUUAUUUUAAGUGUGUCCUCAGUCAUUUAGAUUCUAAAUAAGUGAGUGGGUGUAAGUCUAAGCCUCCAGUCGUCCUCUUGGAUGUCAUGGCUCUCACUGCCUUGUGUUUCAGAUUGUGUAUCAGCGCAGGUCAGAUCUCAGCAGUCUAUACUCCCUCAGCUCUCACUGGUGCUCACGCCUCAUUAACUCAACACACUCAGCUUGUUUACAGAUGUUAAUUACACACUGCAACGCUGAUAUUGAUGAGGACAAUCAGCAUUUAACCCGAUUGAGCUCAAAUUUGACCACAAACUAACCUGACGACACCGUGGCAUCUGAUCAUGUUGGUUCUAAGUGACUAAAUCUGCAUUUUGGUGUAUGUGAUUAAGUUUAAGUUUUCCUCUGACGACUGAGUCUAGCAGCUUAGCAGUCACUUUUGACAGCCUGGGUUUUAUAAACCAUACUGUAAUAGGCUGAUGUUAUCACUAUUUCCUCAACAAGUAGAGUAAUAAAUGACGAGCAGUGGCUGAUCACUCAUCUUCAUUAUUAGAUUCCACGUAUCAUUAAGAGAGGAGGAUCCAGAAAAUGAGACUAAUUAAGAGGAAUACAUGCUUCUAUUUUCUGCUGUCAUUAAUCUGAUGGAGAUAAAUCACUGGAUUAUUGCGUCAGGGAUUUAUAUCAAAGAUGUAUACUCAUUAGAACUGACACUUGAUCACUUGUUAAUGUUGCAGCUGAGGGACACUGUGUGCUCAAUGCACAGCGCACACACGAUGAUUGAAUGUUGUAUAAUGAACAGUUUUAUAGUGUUUAUUCUAAGGCUUAAAUUAUGGUUUUAAAUUAUUCAUUAAUCCAGCUCCUACCCCAAGACAACAAGAAAACCUAAAAAUACUUAGUUUGCUGUGAUGAGAAGCCUUUUAAUUCAUUGACUUGAUAAAGGUGAAACUACACCUUUUGUGCUUUGAAGAAACUCGUUGUUUAUCAUAAUUGCUGACACAGUAGUCAUCUUACAUUAAAAUAACUAAAGAUGUUAUAUUUCUGCAAACCGCUGACUGAAGGACUUGAGCUGUCUUCAUACCCAACGACUUUAUCGUGAUCUUCAAGGAUGUAAAUUUCGAUAUGGAAUUGAAAUAAAAAUGUAAUUUUAGAUUUAUUAUUCAAUUAAAUUCCGCACUAAUACACCACUGACAGUAAGACAUAGCUGGUCAUUACAUGCCAACCUGAGAACAUCCUGCAGACCUCUAUUGGCUAAUCUGGGGUCAUUGCCCCUUAUUUGGAAGAUGCUGUAGAUAACUUCUUUGAUGUACUUUCUUCCUCAGGUCUGUGGUGACAGUACUCUCUGAUAAGUCAAUCAAUCAAUCAAUCAAAUCUUAUUUAUAUAGUGCCAAUUCACAACAGUCGUCAUCCCAAGACGCUUUCCAAAGAAAAAGAGCAGGUCUAGACCACGCUCAUUAGUGCUUUUAUGAUGUGUGCGUGUAGCUCAUAGGUAGGUGCUAAACUCAAAGAUUUUUGGCGAUUCUUUAAUUUGACACAAAAUCUGCUUCACUUCUUAAUUACUUUUGACUCAUCAUGUAGCCGUCUGGGACAUUUUUUUUUAGGCUUCCUGUGUCUUUAUUUAAGAGAAUAGGACAGGGGACAGAGCAGCAUAUAGCGAGAGAGUGGGGUCUAAGGAUAACCGCGGUUUAUGCAACACGUGCUUAGACCGCGAGGCCAGUGGUGCCCCCUAGAAUUGUUUAAGGGAAAUGUUCCAUUAAAUUCCCAGCAGGAAAUCACACUGACUUAAAAACAGUAAACAGGGAGGAACAAAAUUACACAUGGUAAAAAAAAUGUGUCAACACACCGCCCCAGUUAUUGUAAAUAGUCAGAACUAAUACAAUAUAUUUCAGUCAAUCAUUAAUGAAUCUUUACUCAUGUGUGGCCAAAUGACAACAAAAGUUAUCUCAGGACACUUCAGAUAACAUCCAAUCAUCUUAUCUUCAGAUCCAGUCUUAUCCUAUCUAAAUCCACUGUUAUGGUCUGCAAACACUCUGUGUGAUUUUUAGCCUCUUUGUCUAUACAAUGAUGGCAGAGUAUGCCAAGUCAGCCGCUAAUCUGCCUGUCAGGAACUAAUCCUGACACACACACUAGUACAGCACGAGGAGCAAUUUGGAGUUCGGUGUCCGGCUCAGGAAUGCAGACUGUGGUUGGAUGAUGGGAAUUGAACCAACAACCUCCAGAUCAGUCCAAUGUAAGCUCUUUAUGAGCUUCAAAUUUACCUUUUGUCUGUGAUUUUGAUAUGGUGUUCUACAAACAAGUGUGUGUUUUGGUAUCAAUUUUCGGCUGAAUCUGAUUCAUAGGUGAACUUGUAUUUGCUUCAAAGUUUGUUGGCUUGUUUCUUGAACUUGAGCAGCCUCAGAAGAGGAAACCAUAAUUGAGCCCAAUAAAAAGAGAUAAAUGGCCCUUUUUUAUUGCUUUCAUUACUCUGACGGGAAAAAAUCAAUAAAAAUACCCAGUUGUUGAUCUAUAUGUUGGCUGUAAUGCUCAUAAGUGAGUAGACAAUUGAUUUUAAUGAUAUUUAUGUUGCUGAUAAGUUCAUUACCGUUUACAGUUAGCCUAUAUUUCUAUAUGACCAUAUUUUAUUGUCUUUACUUCAACUGUAGCCUGUUACUGUUUCAACCUUUGGAAGCAAAUUUAACAGAAAGUUGCCCACUGAGCAGAUGGCUAUUAGACGUCCAGUUGUUUUGGUUUUUUUUACCUAAUUUCAACCGUCUAGAUUCUGUAUAUUUUUAGAUGGAAUUUAGAUGUUGAACUUUAACCCAUUAUUUGAUAACUGUUUAUUUCAAAAAGCAACUGUGGGUUGAUCUCCACGUACUAAACCAAAAUAAUUAUGAUAGCUGUUGAGCAAUAUACAGUGUAGUAUAGAUAUAGCCCAGAUUUAGACUUGGUCUAAACCUUUCAUUUUUAGACAUGUGGUAGCCUGAUUUUAGACCAGUCGUCUAGGCUACAUUUAGACGUCUAUUAGACCUCUUUUAGACCAAAAAAUGCUCAGUGGGUAGGUACUAUUGAGUUUUAAAGGAACUAUUUUUCUUCUAGUUUGAGUAUCUGUUCAUCUGUAGUCUUUUUUUUUUUUUUUUACCUGUCCCUACUUUUCCUUUCUAACCUCAGGGGCAGGUUUUCUUCUUUUUUCUCUCCGUGCAGCGAUAACUUCUUGUUAACUUAGAUUUUAAAGAAGUGAUGGCAGUACAGAGGAAGUUUACUCAUUUUUAGAUGUUUUUUUUUUCUUGCUGUGGACACUGGCGGCUUUAAAUAGAGCUGCACGUGCAUUCCUAUGUUAAAGUGAGACAGGCAGCGGGCAUGUACUAUUUCCACGGGAUGAAUUUAGAAAUUUAAAGACAGAAAUGAGUGAAAUGAUGAGAAAGUCCCUGGUGCAGAUUGCGGACACAGCUCGGUCCCUGCAGGAGUAUGAACCGUGAUUUGGCGUUGUGUGGGGAUGUCCCGGUGCAGUGUGAAUGUGAAUGUGAAUGCAGGCAGCGCAUGAAUAUUAUCUCCAGCAUGCCACUUCGGAAGUAGGUCACCGCUCACCGAUUUGUUCACCAUGUCUCCGGCUACUGUGGGCUGCUCGGUCCGUGGAUCGACCACCAGGUCCACAGCCCGACCAAGGACCAACUAAGGAGCAGAAACCAAACGAAGCGGGACUAUUUUCAAUGGAUUUGAUGUCCAUUUUCCGACAAGGUAACGCUGAAUCGCGGCUGUAAUUCCCGUCACAGUUGGGGAUGAUGAUCGGGUCGGUGGGUUGCCUGCUUCGAGCAACUCGCUUGUAAGACGAAUAAUUGUGAUCAUAUUGCCAUUAACGAGCGGAUUGAUCGAGGAUGAUCGGAGGUUUUUGACUCGUUAACCCGCGGAGGAGCUUUUUUGACUUCUCAUAUCUCAGCUGCACAGCACUCCUGCUUCGGCAUGCUGUCAGAUUAACACCGUCCACAUCCACUACCAACACCACCGCCACCACCAUGGCCAACUACGAGAUCCAGUAGGCGAGUCUCUUCAUCUACAUCCACAUUUCUGCUUUUUUUGUGUAGUCUUUUCUGCGUUUAAUUCUCCAAAUGAAAGAGUGGAUGCGGGUGUGUUUGCGCCUCAACCUGCAUGGAAGUGAAUGGAGGUGUUGUUGGUGGAGGAUGGUUAGUCAUUUGCUCCGGGGAAAAAGUGGAGUUAUUGGUGAUAUUGAAGCCACUCACACACACACACACACACACACACACUCUCACACAUACACACAUGCACACACAUAGAUACACAGUAGCUCCGAGCUCGUGCCUCAGGGCUUUCUCUCUCAUGAUGACAGCUCUACACCAUGUCCUUGCUCUGAACGUGUGUGUGUGUGUGUGUGUGUGUGUGUGUGUGUGUGUGUGUGUGUGUGUGACAGCGAGGAAGCUCCGCCACCUCCUCCUCCUCCACCUCCUCCUCUGUCUUCAGAUCAAACUACAGUCACUUAAUGUGCCAUCAGAGAGAGGAGUGCAUGACAAACAGUCACUCAUUAUUAAGUAGCUCUUAUGUGUCCGUAAUGCUCCACUUACUUUAUACUUGAUUCUUUAAUUACCUAGCUUUUUAAUAACCAGAGAUUUGUCUCAUCUGUACACCCAAACCCGGGGGUUAGGAUCCAAAAGAGAUUACAAACUGGUGAGAUAUGUUUAAGACCAAAAAUUGAAAUUGUUUUGUUCUUGAAACUAUUUUAUGUCCCCAUCUGUCUUUCUGAAUCGGAGGUGAGAUCAUUUUGUGUGCUUUUUGUGCAUUUAAAAUGUAAUCUCAGGGUGACAUCUCAAGGUGUAGGAGAUAGGCGAUAUAACUGGUUUCUUGUGAAAUACUGGGAAUUGGAAUUUGGACAUAAACAUUUCAGGCUUCAGGACACAGUCAACAUGUUGGACAAGAAGCCGUUUCACUUCUAAACUUGAACAGAUACCAAACUUAAAUAGAUGUUUCUCUUGUUUCUAAAGUUUGCCUUUGGCUUGCCCCCCAUCACAGGGGCAGAUCCAGGAGGUGGCCACAGCCCCCUUAAAGUACGAUCGGCCACCCUUAAAUGAUUUGACUUUAAAUGGUCGAACUGCUUUAUUAGAGGCUUGUUUAAUGUUCAAAUCCAUGAAUUGGGCUGUGUUUCAACUGGAGAUAGACUGAUGAGCUGGUUGACUGGUUAAUUGGGUUGAUUAAUGACCCUUUUAGUAAUCAGCAUCAUAUUAUCUGAUAUCAACCCUAGGUUUUCUUAACUCAAACCCAUUUAAAACAUUUGACUGGCUAAAAAGCCACAGGUAUUGGAUUUUUACUUACAUUUAAUUACUUGGAAUGACUGAAUAGACAUCCAAAUUUCCUUUGUAGCGAUAUUUACUUCAAAAAAUAUUUUUUUGUCAAAUAGCAUUGCCACAUGUUCAGCAACUUUGUUUCUCAUUUGUUGGUAUUAUCAAACUAUUGUAUUUUGCCAAAUGCAAAGAGAAGAGAAAACAACAAUGUGAUCCACUGUUUUACUGCUCUUUCAAGGAAAAAAUUCAAGGAAUAAAAAGUCUUUGCUACAUUAAUGUUAGCAGUAAAAGCAGAUAUGAUUAGAGGGCAUGAAUGGCUAAGUGUGCCCUUGAACUUCAUCUUUCUUAUACCCAGAAACAAGUUACAUGCUCAGAUUAUGGAUGGAUCCGGAACUCUGAAAAGACACAUCCCAGCCUGGGACUUCAUGUUCAUUUAUUUUAGAGAUACAACCAGAUCAAUUAUGAUUUGAGUGAUAUUCAACACUUUUACAAGACCAGAUGAAAAAGAAAUCACAAAAAAACAAGUUGUUUUAUAUAGAAAAGUCUUUCUCUGAUUCUGUCUUAAAUGUUUAAUCAUUUAGUGAUUUGUUACAUUUAAUUCUUAAAUCCUCAUUGCCUCUGAAUAACAAAAUGAAGCGUCAGAGAUGUCACAUGGACUCUUUAUUUAUCACACCUCGUGGUGUGUGUAAAGAUAAACUGGAAAUACAUAUUUAGCAACAGUUCAAUACAGAUAUUCUGUAGCCAAGGCCAAUCCGUAUCAUUUAUCUGUACUUUAUUUAAACAUAAGGCAACAUGUUUAUAAGACAGUUUAUCUAAAAAGGCCAGAAAGGUAAAAAAAAAAAAACAUUUUGUACCUUUCUGGCCUUUUUUUAGGAGAACCGUCUUAUGAAUUUAUCAUAAACAGGCCAAAUGAACCUCUUUAGUAUAAGGCAACAUGUGUCAGGGAGUCACUGAAAAUACAUGACAUGGUUCAGCUUGUGUAUGCAAAUGUGUGUGUGCGUGUGUGUGUGUGUGUGCGUGAGUCUGUCAGUGCUGCUGCUUUAUAUCGUAUAUCACUUUGCCUCAAAACUGGCAGCAUAUUUUAGUUGAUUUAGUGUAAAAACACGGAUAAGUAAGUGAAUGACUACGACCACAUUGAUGUUUUGAAGCCUGAGAGGCUGUAUUGUAAUUUGCUGUGGUCUUUGUGGUGAACAUCUCAAAGGGUAAAAUAAUGAUGUUCUUCAGUGAGCCUCUGUCUCUCCUUUGUGCAUAUUUGUCUUAUUGAAAUGAAGCAACAUGAUUUGAUCUCUACAGACAGAAACUCAAUGCGAGGCUCCUUCUGUCCUCUUGUUAUCUGGAAAUUAAAUUUCUCUCUCAUGGAUUGCAUUUCACGGUUCACAGAGUCAUUGGGCAAUAAGGGCAGGCUGAGCUAUGAGAUGGUUCGAAAACGUCCAGGCGGACAUUCGUGUGGCCACUCUGGAGUCAAAUUCACUUUGCUUUUGUGGAACGACGCAGCCCUUUGGGUACGCUCUGUCUCAAUUUGAAAUGACAUAAAGUGCUGAAACAGAGUGCAGAUCAGCAGAAUCAGAGGUUGUAUUGAAGAUUUAGUGCUAAAGAUCUUUGCCAGGUUUGAGUGUUGUCAUCGACGGACGGCUCAAGAAACAGAAUAACACUCCUCACUCAUCUGCUGCAUGUCAUCAAACUCCAGACAAAUUAGUGAUUUGUUGGCAAGAAGUUUGAGUGCAUCAAUAAUCUGUUGAUUCAAUGUUGUUAUAAUGCAGCACAGGAACCACUUUAUUUGGAGGUACAAGCAUUUUUAGUCAUACCCUUUGAUUCUUUUUGUUUUGAGGAAUGUUUCUUCACUCAGAAAUUGUUGAAAAGUCGAGUUUUUAUGACAGCCAGCGUGUCUUUCCCUGCUCUGUUUCUACCGAGUGACAGUCAUAGUGAACAAGUGUCUGUAAAAGCAACAACCACAGGGAUUAGCUGUGUCUUAUUCAGAAGAAAAGACAACAUAUUGUGCAGAAAGAGUCAAGUCAACACAACACAGGCAGUACAAUGACCCUUAAACAAGGUGAAACUCUAUCUUAUUGAAUCUAAUAGGAUUAUCUGCUGGCAAGCAGCUGCUCAGAUAUAAGGAUGGUAAUUGAUAUGAUUUUAUAAUACCGAUGCCUUAAAAGGUCAGCUGAUCACUGACACAGCUUCUAAUUGGUUGACAGCCUUUAACGAAGAUGGUAGCCUUCCAUGAGCAUGAUCAGCUGACAACAGAAAUCAGACUUUAUUACUCAAAUUUAUUUCAAAUUGUCACAGAUUACCUGUUUUUGUGGAAGCAGACAUUUUAGAGUAACUAAAGACACUGUGAGAAGUUCUUCAGUCACUCUGUUUAAGUGUCAAUCUCGCACUGAUGCCUCUACAUGUCCCACUAAGUCGAAUGACAUUAUCAGUGGUUUAUUGGUUAUUUCUUUGUAUUGAAUUUACAAGCCUGUGUCAAGAUCUGACUUUCUGCCAAAAAUAACAAAAAACAAACAAAUAGAGUCAAUAUUUGGCUCCAGCUAGAAGGGUCUAUGUUUAGAGCUCCACUGGUUAAGUUUGGCAGUGAGAAGUAUCUUAUAACAAGCAGGAGGUGCUUUUACUUCUCCUGCAAAAUGGCAUGGAAUAGGGUUUAAUGUUUAUGUUGACUGUGCAUGCGUCACUAUUUGAAACUCUGUAUAUUUACAAGGGGUGAAUGAAAAAAUCAUUAAACGUCAGAAUCACGAUUCUUCAAUUCUGCAGUUCUGAAUCAUUUUAAAAAGUUGAUGCUGUUCAGACAUUUAUCAGGGCACACAUCAUGGCAAAAGGACAAUGAUGUGUCAAAUGAAACUGGUCUGACCUGCCGUUUCAAGCUACAUGAUAGUGAUGAAAAAGAAGUUUUGAAAGUUUUACAAAAAUCAGUUUUUAUCCUGGAAAAAAAAUCUGAUUCUGAUUUUAAUCAGAGGUUUAUUCACAAGAACGAACAUGAAAACUGCUCACAGUGCCUUUAAUGAACUUUUAUGUGGACUUAAUAAAAAUGUAGUGCUGAAAUACUUAAUACACUGUCAAACAAACUAUCAAUCAGCAACUUUAACUACACACUUUUUAAAAUAAUAAAAAUACAUAUCUUGCUCUGAAUCCUCCAAUGUUAUAAUGUUUUGUCCGUCUGAUUUAAAAUAUGUCUGAAGAAGAUAAGUGAAUCUUUUGUUACAGUAGUCAAUUAAGAGUCAAACUUGUUUGAGCUCAAGUUUCCUAUAUGAUACUAGAGGUAGAGUUAUAUCUUUUGAUUGGUGGACAUCACAAAAAUUGCAGACGUAAGAGGAAGAUAUUCCACCUCCAGCUUCCACAAAUGAGCUAUAAACAAGUGGCAGAUUGUUGGAAUAUCUCUCCGCUGACUGAGUGUGUUUGGACUGUAUUAAUAGAAACUGAAAUUUGGACCAAAUCAUUUAAGACCAAUAGUGUGUGAUUGUAAAAGCUCAAUGAAAUUCUCGCUCAAGAGCCACUUAAUAUCAAAAGGCUGUGUGUUGACUUAGAUCUUUGAGGUCAAGUACCAUAAUUGUGUUUCAAGGCUGCAGCCAGAGUGGCGAUAUGUCUCUUUAUGCCGCACACAGGAGUGUCAUCGCGUAAAGGUCAGCGGCGGUUGAAUCAUCAGGAAACUGUAAAGGUUUCUCCUGAGUGAGGCGUUAUAUUUUGAGUUGAGAGAGCACAAAGAGUUUCUGAAUGGCAGGGGAAUCUCAAAGCUCAUUUAUGCGUUUGUGGCUGUGAAGUUGCCGGAGCUGCUCUGAUGGUUCUGUAGCGGUCUGUUGACAUGGAAACUAAAGAGGAGGCUAUUGUGUGAUGAGCGUUUUUGCCACCAGCUCUCGUGAAAUGAGGGCAGUACAUGAGUCAUUUGAUCAGAGUGUUUGUUUUUGUGUCCCAAAAACAUCCUCAGAAUAACUGUCUUCAUAGUUUCGAGCAAGUCAAGAGUUUGGUGCCUCUUUUGACCUUGCAGAAAUAUGUAGUCUCACCAUGGCUGUCUUUUUCGUGUUUGAUCUAAUUACCUGCCUUUUGGUAAGCUGUACUACCACUUCCACAGAUCAGCAACAGGCUGCAGCUAGGGUUAAAAUUAAAUCAGUGUGGAUUUGUGACUUAGAGAUCGAAUCACGUCUAAAAGCAUCCGUCAUAUAGGACAUCGCACACACCACUGAGAUGCUCGUCUGUUCCUGCUCCGUGUUUCAGCAGUGAGUGGGUUGUAAUGUUGGGCUCCCGGUGGAUUGUGUGAGUCAUUCAUGGCACUUCAACAUGGGUUCAAGGAGCUGAAAAUGGUCGUUAUUGAUACAAAGGACAAGAAGGUGAUGCUGCCACAGUGGGACUAAUUAAUAUAUAAUGAUUUCAGAGCACAAAAAGGCAAAUUGGUAAGCGGUUGGAGCAGAAAUGGCUUCAGGCUUGAAGGUAAUGCGCUCUUUGUCUCAGUUUCUCCUCCAUCCUGUGUGCUCACUGUGGUCAGGUUGCCUAAUUGAACAUGAUCUCCAGGGAGCUGGAAACUGACAGCAAACCGAGUAAAACCAGUUGUUAAAUAAUGCAUCAAAAGAUCCUGUCUGUUACAUUAAGUCAUGCUUAGAUUCCACUCCAGUUAGUCGGUGUGGCUUAUCUUUUAAAGGAAAUGUCUGAUGUGUGUCUCCCCAGAGAGCCUAUGGACCCAGCUGAUGAUCCAUGAUGAUGCUCACUGAAGGAUCUCUCUGAGCUCAAACCAACCAUUGUCAGACCCUGUGGAUGAAAAGGAGGAGGUGGACCUGCUCCCAGUUGCUGAGACCAUGGUGAAAGCUCAGCAAAGCCAGCCUGUGAAAUGCAGCAAGCCCCCGAAGGAGGCAGGAAGCAAGGAAAAGAGAAGUGGCCCGAAAGAGGGAAAAAAGAGAAAGAAGGAGCUGGGAGAGAAGAAGAAGAAGAAAGAUAAGAAAGAGCGUCAUCGGCAUAGAAAGAAAGCCCUCACAGUGGCUAAUGGAGAUGCACUGGACUGUUGUGUCCUGCUCACCCGUCUGGAGGAGAAAGGAGUUGUGGCUAAACUGAUGGAUACACCAAAAGCUAGGAAACAGAAGAGUGAGAAAGUCCGAAAGAAGCAGCACUCCAGCUCUGUUCAAAGAAGGACCAAACCUGGACGUAAGAAAACCUCCACAGGCAAUCAGCAAGUACUGGAACCAAAAACCAACCAUCUUGACGCCUUAUUCAUGUUCCCCGAGUCUGUUUUUGAGCCCCGCAGGCGAAGAAUGGCCUCUCUCAACGCUGAGGCCGUUAACAGCUUACUGCUGUACAAAGAUGACUCUCUCACGUCGAUUCUUGCGAAGAAACGGCAGCCUACAAAUGAGGAUCAAGCUCAAGAGAGUCGCCCCAAAGUUGAACAAAAAGGUGGCAUAACCAAAUCGGUUUCCUCGAGAGGAAAAGCAGACCCAAAAGAAAGACCUAAAAAACAGAGGCGGUCAACAGGGCAGGCUCAGGAAAUCGACUGGCUGGCUUUGUUUGCGCCAACGCCUCGGCGUCAGGCAGGCCUCACUGCUGCGACGCUCCUCAAACUCACAAGCGCCGGGUAUGGAACUAAACGACAUAAGAAAUCGGAGUCCAAGCCCGAGACUGAAAGUGAGACAGCUGCUGCAACUCACAAUGAGAUUAACACCAAACCAGUGUGUGGAGGAUCAAUGCUGACCAAAAAAGAAACACAUCCCAAACAAGAGGACCAAGUAAAGCACAGAAAACAGGGUACAGAGGAUCCAGUUCAUUCCCAACUGGGCUCCUCACUCCAGGGCUGCUGUAAUUUGUGUAAAAGCGAGGCUCUGGAUCCAGAGUGGAAGGCCACCACAGGAGGGCAGGAGUGUGUCAAACACCCGCUCCAUUGUGGCUCUUCCCUUGGGUUCUCCUUGAAAACAAUCAAAGAGGAGCAGGUGGAGACUGAGGUGUCUUCCUGCUACUGCUGCACCCAGGAGAGGUGUGUGGAGUACUGCCAUAGACUGGCCCUCUUCCUGGAGGACAAAACCUACAAAGAACCAGAGGACGGCUCCUUGUCCGAGGUGUACCACCACCACCAUCACCACCAUCAUCAUCAUCACCACCAUCUUCAGUCCCCCCACCCAGCAGCCAUAACCAUCAGCCCACACACAUACACCUGUUUCCCAGGCUACUACGUCCACUUCAGCCACCCAGACGCCUCCCCCUCCCCGAUGCCGGCCCUCUCUUUGUGCCCCAGGAGCGGCAAGAGGCCCAAGCUGCUCCCCAGCACGAGUCCACAGCCCUCAGGGAUUACACACCCGGUGUACUGCUGCACCUCAGUGGAGACGUGCUACGCAGAGCCCUGCAGGAUCAACGGCUACCCGGCCUACUCCAAUCUAAUUCCAGCCAUUACCAGAGGAGGGCGCUCUUUCAGCCCUCCAGACUGCACCAAAUGUACACAGCAUCAAACGUCGAACCGCAGCAUCAAAAGAGGUAAGCAGAGAGGAUGAUUACAUCUCUUUUCAUUUUUAUGUAAUCCAAGUGUGCAUUUGUCUGUUGCUUCCAGCUAGAAGUUGCACCAGCUUUUGUCAGUUAAAAAUAUACCACUGCACAGCGUAAAUUAUGCUUGAGAAAUGUGGGUGGAGGAGGUGUUAGGGGUUUACAGGAAUCAAGGGGUGUAAUCAGACUUUUUUGGCUGUGCUGCCAUCAGUCCCCACACACAGCCGGAGACUGGUGUGAUGACUUUUGCAGGGACGGCAUGAAAUGUGUGUGAAAAAAUGAAAAAAGUAUCACAACAUAGCCGCACCGUUUCAAUCCAGUUUAUUUUUUCAAAGACUGAAAAGAGAAAAAAUGGUGCACUUCAAAAAAAAAAAAAGCUGUAAUUUCAAAUUCAAAGAAAAGAAAAUGAAAUGCAAAGAAAUGUUCCAGCAAAGACAAAGUCAUUUUGUAGUGAAUUAAAAGUGAGUACAGACCUCAGAGCUUAAUGCCAAAGAUCAGUGCCAUGUAGGACUGAUUAAAAGGUUACUCCAGCUAUUUAAUGUUGUGUAGUGACAUUAUCAGGCUUGUUUCCUCGGCUCCUGGCAGAGUCAUAAAAGACAUGGGAGUAUUUUCACAGGCUGAGUAACACUCUCCAGCAAGGAAACACAAGUUCAUGUGUAAAAUCACUGGCCCCUUUCACAGCAACAGAAGGAUUUACUGAUAAGUUUAAGUAUUAAUUAGAAGUGAACAGACUGUAGUUAUUAGCUUUUUUAUGUGCAGUGUCCCCCCCCGUUAAUCCGGCUGCCAAAGCAGAACAAUGUGCUGAGAAUAGCUAUUAUGUCAGCUUUUUUAAAGCUCCCAAUUUAGACUGUCACUCGAGUGGGAAGUCACAAAAAUAUCAGAUACAGGCCAAGACCUCUUUUGUCUAAGUUUGAAUACAGGCAGUUGGACGGUGAAUACGAGGCCUGUGCAGCUGAAACCUAAUGAGCUGAUUAUUUGAGCUCAUUUCUCAGCAGUUGUUUUCUGAGUUUAAGUCAAGAAUGGGAGCUGGAACAGGAGAGCUCUUUGUGAUGUCUCCAAACACCUGGGCUUGUCUUCUGAAAACACUUAUUACUUAGUAGGGCGCACCAGUAUAACGCUGAUGCUCUCCUCUGGUUUUCUUUAGUCUCCAGCACACAAACAAGGUCAGGCUGUGAUGAUCGACUGCCUUUCCUCACCUCUUGAGUUGCUUUUUUACAUACACCUUUAAGCCCUUUUUGAUAGGACAUUUUUCACCAUGUUACAGCAGGUGAAUCUACGGUGUUCAAUCUGAAAUAAGUGGCACCGUAUUGCUCUAGUUUCCAAGUUGGAUUUUUCCAAAAAUGAUGCAACAUGAUGUGGAGUAUGUUUCACCUUACAGAGUGGGUGUGUCUGAGGUUUUUACUCAACCUGCAGGGACCUGUAUGUAAACAGCACCCUAUAAAAAAGGCAGUAUACUUGAGUGAUACAACACUCACACCUUUACAGUGCAAUAAACAUCCUGCAGCUUUUCCUUUAGCUGAGUGCAGCUGUGUUUUUGUGUUAUGACAAAUCAAAUUCAUGGUAGUAACACCUGCGGUUGAAACAUCUCAUGGUAGAAAGGCCAGAGCUCCACCCACACCAGUGUUGGCACUGCACUGCCUGAUAAGACCUCUCCUCUGGACUAAGUGGGCAUUAAUAAUGAUUGUAAAGAACCGUGAUCGACAUUUUACCUCACGUUGCAGUUCUGCACCUGCUGAGGCAGAAAUACCAAGCUUAACUCCUCCUGUGACCUCGUGUAAUUCCACUAAAGAGCCAUGUGAGCAGAGGUGUAAUCAGUGCGAGUGAACACCUGUGCAAAAGUGCUGAUACAGCACAACAGUGAAGUCAUGGUGUAGUCAUGUCUCUACACAGCAGUGAUUAUUCAAAUCCCUCACUUAAAGUGUCUGUAUGUUGAACCUAGUGAAUGAAAAAGCACGUUCUUUAGUUUUUAAAAUUAGAAAUCAAAAUGUCAUCAAACAGGCUCAAAGUUAGAGUCUCUCAGUGUGUUUACAUGCACAGCUUAAUCGGACUAAGCUUAAAUUAUUAUUAUUUUUUUUUUUUGGCGAAUUUGACUUCUCUCCUUGUUCGCGUACACACGCAGCUGAGAAAAUCCAAUUAUUGACGUGAACGUGUCCUCCUCCCCAAAACUAGGGGGCUGUUUCCUGACCUUGUUAAAAGACGUCUCCGUUCCUUGUUUUGCGACCGUCCAUAUACUUUAAAAUGUCCAUUUCUCUCAGGAGGGAAAGCAUAACGGCACUCUCCUCGUCGUUCCAAAAGUGGACAUUCUUUCGCUCUUCAGCCAUGUUGCUGUUGCUUCUGAGUUGAAAGUUCUUUAAAUGAUAGUGCCACUUCUUCUCUGGUGUUUAUGUUUCAGGGUUACGGGGGCGUGGCGCACGCACACAUGCACUGUCUGAUCAUACUCCGACUACGCUGGUUACAUGGUAGAGAAAAUCAAAUUCCAGUUGCAUUAUCUGGGUGUCUUAAGUUCUCAAACUCCGAUUAUAGCUGGACUAAGGUGUUUACAUGCACUGAAGUUGUCCGGUCUUAAUCGGAGUAAGGCAAUAAUUUGGUUUCAUGUAAACGUACUGACUGUCACGUUUCUUGUUUACAUCCUUCAAAUACAGCAGUUUCACUUGUCCACGAGCUCACUGGUGCACCCUCCGGAGUUCUCCCUCAGGAAGACAUGAUGUACACUGUGAAGUUUAAUUACAGUUCGGCUCAUGACACAGAGCGAACACUAGGCUGCACAGCAAGUAUGCCUCUCGUCUUAGGGUCAACCCAAAUCCAACACGACCAAGGGCGUUGCUAUUAGCAUGGAACAAUCUCAGAACCUAUCAAUUACAGUCUGAUGAUGAAUCAGCCUCUCGGAGACACAGCCUACUUUCCGGGGCGUCCUGCGCAGACGUCUCCUUAGAAUAACAAACAUCAACCAAGACUUAAAAUUUGUUUCCUGACCAACAGACAACCCUGUGAGAGAGACAGGGAAAACUGAUUUUUGCUGCACGUCUGAGUAACAAUAAAGCUGAUACAGUGUUUUACAGUUGGUGAUAACCACAGCUUUAACCCUGUGCAUACACAGUUUUCUGCUGACAGCCAAAGCUCCCUGAAACAGAGGUGGACAACACCUAAAAAUAAAGAUUAUUUGGUGUUAUUUUGCCUUGAAUGGAUAAGACAGCUUGAGAGAGACAGGGAAUGUCAGGAGAGAGGGGGGAGAAAAGACCUAAAACCAAACCUACACCCAGUGCCAAGGAGGACUUUAGCCUCUGUUCAUGGGGUGCCCACUCUACCAGCUGAGUCAAAGCAGCCCCCUGUAGCUUUCUUUUUUGACUUCAGUCCUUUGCUUGACUGUUAAUGUCUGCUCUAUCUGGCAUAAAACUUCCUUAGAUUCUUUCAGAGGUAUUUUCCUCUCAGUCUCCAUCAUGCUUAAACUCGUUCACUCAUUCACUUCACUGGUUAAUAUUUGCAAACUUCAGAGUACUGUGAAAUACAAGCUUAUGUGACAGCAGUCGCCUUAACUGACACUCUGUUUGGCUUGAAUGUAGUCGGUAAAUUUACAGACUGUUCAGCAGCAUAUUUAUGUUAAUACUGGUAAACAGAGAAGCCUGAUGUCAACAUUGAUAAUAAUAAUAAUAAUAAUAAUACAUUUUAUUUAAAAGCGCCUUUCUGAGCACCCAAGGACACUUUACAGGGCAUAAAAACACAGCUAGAAACAUAAUUAAAAUAAAAAAAAAUAAAAAAAAAACAACAUACAAGUGUGAAAGUAGACAGUUAAAGUGAGUAUUGAUGAGUUCUUGUUAGAUCCUAGAUGCUGCUGAAAUCAAUUGAUCAUUCCCCUUUGAGUUAUCACAACAGUGUCGGGGAGCGCUCACAAACUGUGUUAUGAUUUCACUUUGUAGGGAUUGUGUGUGUUUGUGUGGGAGCUGUGGGGGUGGGGCGGUUGUUAAAGGCUAUAAUUGACCUUAAUUGAGGCUCUGUUUGUUUUUUUCUGCUGCCUCAGCAGAAUUAAUAACAGCCGGGUGUCGCGGGUGUUUCUGUCAUGUAACCUUGUAAACUGAAGCCUCCAUCACUCUACCUCAUUCUCUUUUUUUUUUUUUUGUUCCUUCUUCAGACGAUUACCCAUCAGCCCUCAGUGACCACCACAGCCCCUCCUCUAUCCCCAUCUGUCCCAGCCCCCGAACCCUCACUGGCUGCCCUGUUCCCACCGUGCCUCCUGCCGGCCAAUCAGUGCCCCACAUCCAGACUCCUCUGUCCGACCCCAGCCAACCACAACCUCCCCUGCAGGUGGCGAAGGAGUGUCCCCAGAGUGCCAAGUCGCCCAGCGGGUCCAGGUCUGGCGCGCGUGGCACCGGCAGCAUCAGCUCGGCUGUCUGCCCUCUCAACAGAGACAAGAAACAGAAGCUCGGCCCUGCUAGCGUCAGAGGGCGGGCGGGUGCCAAGCAGGCGAAGAACGGACGCCAAAAGAGCACUAACGGCUGGCAGCCAGUUGGCAUGCCCUUUCAGAGGGAGGUUUUCUCUGUGGUACGUCGAAAAAGUCACGCUGGUGUUUUGUGAUGAGGACAUGAUGGUGCUGCUUUUGAUGUUUCAAUGUGGUGUAAAUCAACCAGACGGUCUUAAGAGAGUUUAUUUUGUUUUUUAACAUUUUAUCAUCCGUCUCUGUUUUUAGUGAAACUCCUGAACAUUCAUCUUUCCUCUCAGACAAAGAAAACCUUUAAUUGACAUUAUUCACACAGCGUCAUGCUGUUGUCUGUCAGGUUUCUUAGGUGAUAGAUUUGGGUUUUCUAAAAAACAUUAUUAAUACUCUUUUUUUUUUACUGGAAAAUUUGGUCUUUUACAAUAAAUCUACAUUUUUAAUGACACGUUAGCUUUACUUCACAACAAAAACAUCAGCCACUUUAUACUUUUCACACACAGCAGGAAGCUAGUGAGAGCUAAAUGUCUCAGUCUGGUCAUAUCAAGAUUAAAGAAGAGCUCAUAUCAGAAAAGUACACCUUAGCCAGAAAACACUGAAUGUCAGUAUUAUCUACUUUCUGAGUGGAACUGCUCUCUGAAUACUGUGACUACAGUGUUUUCUAUCACCUGUGUUCUUAGGAAGAGGAGACCCCGGUGCUGAGGAGGUGUUACGAGGGAGUCCAGAGGGACGGGGAGCUGAUCCGGGUCAGAGACACCGUUCUGCUCAAAUCUGGACCGAGGAAGAAGUCUCUGCCUUAUGUGGCCAAGAUUUCAGCUCUGUGGGAGGAACCAGAGACAGGUAGGACACAUGUGCAUGCACCAUUUCCUCACUUAUCCAGAGAUACUGAAUGAAGAUGGAAAUAAGAUUCUGUAGAAAAACUGACCGCACCUGUGUGUGUUUUUUACUUUUUCAGGAGAGCUGAUGAUGAGUUUGUUUUGGUACUACCGUCCAGAACACACACAAGGGGGACGCAACCCAAGUGUGCAUUGUGAGGUGAGACGCAAGUCCCUGAGUCGUACCCUUUUAUCUUAAACAGAGAUUUAAAGGUACAGUGUGUAGAAGUGUGAACUUUUAGCGAUAACUAGCUGACAGAAUCUAGAUUUAAAUGUCCUCUUGUCAGUGUCAUGACAGUGGCCUUCAAGGGCAAAAAACUCUUGUGAUGAAUGACAAGUAGGAUUUUCCAUUUUUCAAGUUUUAACUUUAAAAUGGUCUUUUUUUCAUGUGCAGGUGAUAUUUCACUGAUCCCAACAUGCUCAUGAAUAUUAUUUUCCUCUACUGCUUUUUCUACUCUGCAGCUUAACAUGACACACCGCACCUUAUAUGAGCCCCAUGCUAUAAAAGUUGAUUAGCUAAGUAUUAUUAACUACAUGCCAUAAAUUUAAUGUUUGAACCGAAUACCAUCUAACCUUUAACCUUUCUUCUCUGAUUAAACAAUGUUACCAUGAGCAAAACUCACGUUUGAAACUAGACAAUGAAGCAGAAGAUAUUUAUUUUUCUUUUUGUGAAGGAGUACCAUAAAAAAAAUUGAAAAAAACUCCAAACCAAACACUGAAUUGAUCCCACUCACACGUUUUGUGUAUCCCAAACCCAAAAUAGCCCAAUCCUCCAUGUUUUUAACCUCUUUUGUUUUCCAACAAUGAGCCACACAGCUGUACUGGGUGACACAUCCACUCAUUAUCAUAAACAUUGCCUCUCCGGUUUAUUUCGAGUCAGUCCCACACAAACAAUCCUGCUGCUGCUGCUGCUGGAAGGACUCUCCACUCCAUCAGCAGACAUGUAUUAAUCCACAGCUGAAAAUAGUCCCCAGCAAAUAUGCUCUUUACUCUCAUUUUAGAUAAACACUUAAAUACCAAAGCUUCCUAAAAUACUUCUCAUCCCUUUUCUGAGUUAAACUACUUGCCAUGGCUGUGAUUUUUAAAGAUAUGCACCUCAAAUAGGGAAAAAUGGGUUUGUUAUUGAAUGCCACACUGUAUUGUUGAUUUUGGACUUUUAAUGAGAUUUGUUAUCCACAAGAAAGAAAAGACAAUUACGAAAAUAGAGAACGUGUUUUGCUUAAUUCCCCUUUUCCAACGGUCUACUUUGAGCCUGCCUCCAUCUAGUUUUGCCUCUCAUUUCCUGUUCCCAUUCGUGAACUGACUUGGCAUUGAAAUGAGAAUAUUAUAAUUCAUGAGAGGACUUCUGAGAGUUUAGCUAAAGCUCAAACUGAAAGUGUGUUUCAAAGAGCUGACAUCGACUGAACAAACACACAGGAACACAUGUUGAGGAGCGGCUUCUGUUUUUCUUGCUUCCUGUUGUCGGUGAUAUCCCAGAGGAACACGCCGCACUUUAUUAAAUCUCCAGAAACAAUAAACCACAUGAAGUCUGUCAUUUGUCUGCUGCGCUAAAAAAAAAAAGACGACACAUCAGAGCAGAGGAGUGAGAACAAGUAACAGAGCUUUGACUGAGAGUGAGAAAUGAAACCUCGUAAUGCUUUGAGUGACUCUUUUAUCUGGAAGUGUAGGUUAGACAAAAGAGCCCAAGUCCUAAGAAGAAGUUUUUUUUUUUUGUCAGUCCUCAUGUAUGUGUGCAGAAUGUGAAGAUCAAAUCUUAAUAUCAAAGCUUUGAGCUGUGUUUUCACCAGAAGUACCCGGGUCUCUAGUACCAGUCAAGGGACUUUGAGGCUCCUCCAGCUCUUUGUUGUCUGCAUUUCCACGAGUUUCAAAAGGCUGAAAAAAUGAGGCUAAGUGUUCUGCGCACAGGGGACGUGACUUGGCCCUUCUCUAAUACACCCCUACCAGAUAGACCUACAUUUCUCAAGGAUGAAGUACAGUACCAGGUAGAAGUGGGAAAACUGGGAGAAGUUCCCGCAGCUUUAGGUGAUAAUGGGUUUUUGAGUUUCGAGCCAGCUGAGGACUAAAACACAACUUUUCUCCCCCCAGAACGAGAUCUUUGCGUCUCGUCACCAGGAUGUCAACAGUGUGGCUUGUAUUGAAGACAAAUGCUAUGUCCUAACAUUGGCACAGUAUUGCCGGUAAGAAAAAUUAUGUUUUUAUUUUCACAGUUUCUUGUGGUUUAAGAAGUAAACGUACUUCGUAGAUUAAAUGUUCUUGCUUUAAACACUUACUGAAUGAAAUUGCAUAAAGUUUGAUCUGGAAAGCAGACAUGUAGAGCUUGAUACUAUUUUCUGAAUACUUUCUUCAUCCAGUUGAGUUUCAUUUCCUGUGUUUGUGCUUCCUCCAGAUUUUGUGCCUUGGUUAAACGCCAAAGGGAGGGUGUACACGACAGUGCUGCCUCCCUCCUGGUGCCACCCGUUGUUGGCAACGCCAUGCCCACCCACCACUGUGUGCCCGAUGACGUCGACCCCGAGCUGGUGUUCUUCUGUCGACACGUCUAUGACUUCCGCUACGGACGCCUCCUCAAAAACCUGCAGUAGCAUCUGACAGAACAUGACAGAUGACACUCCGGGGUGUGAGGCAAUGCUACCUUGGUUUCAUCCUCCACAACAUUAACUAGCUACAAACCGAUCUGCUGCCUGUGUGAGAGGAACUGGAAGAUUAGGAUGAAGGAUUAGGAGAUGAACUCAUUUAUUAUUUUAAAGUUCUUAGUCACACUUCCAUGCUACACAUCGAUUCAGUGAGGGUAAUGGUCUGACACGUUGUAGGAGGAUUAAGAUAGUGGUGUAAAUGUUUUAUUUUUUGUUGUUGUUUUUCAUACAUGGCUCUCUGGUGUCGUAGCAGCUGUGUAAAGAACCUUGAACCUACUCUGCUGUAGAAACCGCUACUGUAGCUCUUAGAAAUGUGACAUAUGAUAGAUAUGAACAGAAUGUGUGUUAGACGUGAGUUGCGUCACUAUCUGCCUGGUAGUUUUCAGAGGUGUCUCGAUGAAAUGAUGUGGUUGAAGGAAAAUUUGAGGUGGUGCCCUGUUUCUCCUUAAAAAGAACAAAAGUGUCCUAGUGGCUGAGGACACCACACAAGAGGAAUUUAUCAACACGUCCACCUGAGAAAAGUCUUCUACAAGCCACGGCAAAACAAAAGUUCAGAGUGAACUUCUGUGUUCAAGAUGCUGUUAGGGAGAGUUGGAGGUUUAAGAAUUUAAAGGAGAAGUUAAAGAUCGAGACCGCUCUCAUGUCUGUUUGGUGAAUACAUACAGUAGCUACAUCACUCCCUCUUUAGUGUAGCUGAAAGUCGAGAAUCUAGAGAAAUCAGCUGACCUGCGUGUGGACUGUACCUGUCGAGCUCGAGUAUGCAAGCAAGCUAAUUAGCUCCUGUUGACAGAUCAUUUUAAAUGUUUUUUUUUUUCAAGCUGAUGUUUACAGUUUAAAAAAAUGACAACUUUCAACUUCAGUGUUAUAAAAUGGACUUAAAACUGGUAGAAAAAACACACUGACAUUAUUUACAGUUUCUCCUGAAAUCACAGUCCAUGCUGGCACCAUGCUGUUAGCGUAUGCUACUCUUGCUAGAAAAAUUGCCUAAUCCCGGUUUGUUUUUUUAUUUAAUUUUAGUUUUUGUUUAAUGCAUCUGAUCCCUGAUACUUGGUACUGCAUUUCAGACAGCACCGAAGGCUGAUAUUAGUAGUAGGACGAGUAGAGGCACAUCUUUCCUCCAGUUACGUAUUUCCUGAAAGACAUGAUAGUGGUAUGGAUGUUCACAUCAUAAUCUUGGAGAUCAUGUAAAUUAGCAGACACAUAAUCUCUAAUUCAACGUUUUCCUUCAGCUGUAAUUUUGAUCCACUUUAUCCUGAACACUGCCUAGAUUUCCCUCCAAAGCUCUUUAUCAGAAAGUCUAAUCAUGUUUUCUUUUUUACCACUGAUUGACAACACGGCAAACUAUGAAAAGUGGAAACUCUACGGCGCCACCUCUUGAGAGUUUCUGGUAUGAUUAUGGUUGUCAUGUCAUAAUAGUUGCUCUGAAAUCCGCCUCUGUGCUGGCUUUCUCUCUGUACAGCAGGAGCGCGCUCUGUAAAGAAAGCACAGUUCAGUUGGCUUGAUGUCGCAGUGUGAAGAUGUCCGACGAGUCGAGCAUUGAGGGGAUUUUUUGUUAUGCCAAUUCUUAGGAGUAUUUUAGUUUCUCAGAGCUGUUUCCCAGAGGUGUGAUUUGACUCUGGGAUCAGCUGACUGUAUAUUUGCAUUUAUAUUUCUGGAUGAGUGUCUGUCAAGGCAGAUGGCAUCAGUUAGUCACUUAUAUUCUUGUUUGUUCACCGAUGAGAUGGUGAGUAAUGUAUUGAGUGUAGCAUUUAGAACUGUGAUGAUGAUUCAUUCCUAUGUUUGAGAGAAAAUAUGUAUUUAUUUCUGUACUGAGAUGAAAAUAUAAUUUAUUUUCAAAGAUGAUUUUAAAGAAUAGAGUUUUAGAUGAGUGGCUUUCAUUCCUUAAUAGAAAGGAGGUUCAAGUUGUCCUUCAUUCUUAGCUGCACUGUCUCCGAUGAAAGUGUGUGAGUCAUUCGCAGUAGCUUUCCAGUGACUGAGCUCGCUCGCCAGAAACAAACCUACUAAAUGUUGUGUUGGGAUCUCAAAGUCCUCCAGGAAGAUGCAAGGACACAUUUGGAGUUUUUUGAAGGAUUCCAAACACGGUUUGAGGGACGCCUGCCAACAUGUGACCAGAGAUGCUUAACCUGCAGGACCAAAAUGCACCUUUACCGUUCCCAGCUUCCUGUCAUUCUCCUUCCACGUUUCCUCAGAUGAUGACGCUUUGCCUCUACACCUUUAAACGCUGAAUGCAACAAUGAUUUUAACUCACUUUGCCACUAGCCUGUGCCCUUUAUCUUGCUGCCUUAGAGAACAUUCCCAGCCUUUCAUUUAGAAAUGUGUACCGACUGGAGCCUGGGGAUAUGAAGCUCUUUAGUCUGCUGAUCGUGAUUCCUAUUCACCUGAGAUGCAUCUCAGAUCCAUCGUGUUCAGAAAGAAAGAAUUUUCAUGUGACAUUUUUGUUUUUACAAAAGUUCACUUUAGUUCGCUUAAAGUUUAAAAUGAUCCAAAGUGUUGAACACCAAACGACUAACACAUUGGAAAGAAACAGGAAAGCCGAGUUUAGCAGAAACACUUUUCUGGAAGAGGAAACAGCGAGCAGAGCAGUGAUGUAAAGACAACAAAUCAAUGAUUAAUAUUUUGGAAAAAACAGAAGAGGUUUUUUCUCACUUUCCCGCUCUAAUGCUAAGCCAAGCUAAGCUAAACUUGUUGACCACUGUUGCUGAAGAAAAUUGUAAACUUUGGUCCAGAGCGAUCAAACCAUUGUGUUUAUUUAUGCUGCCGCUGCACUUAGCUUGAAUCCUGUCAGUUUCAAAAAUUUUGAGUCCUUCCAGUCCAGUUUCAUCCAAACAUCCACAGAAAUGUUUAGAAGUUUGAACAAGCCAGUUUGACAGAAUUUCAUGAUUAUUUUACUGCUUUCCUCGCUCCAUUUGCUUGACCCUCUCUACAAACCGAGCUGUAGUUUAGAUUUCAACUUCAAAUGAGCAUUUAUAUCAAGCUACAGUUAAUCGAUCAAUACUUGUUAAAAUAAUGUCAUUAAAACAUAAAGCCAGAUUUACCAGAGAUCCUAUCAUUGCAGUGUGUUUUCUCAGCCAGCCAAAGGUUCAAAGUCUGUCUCAUUUCAAGCAGUGAUCCAAAUAACAUCUUUGACUGAUGUGCAGCACAAUACAGCAAAGCAGAAUAUGGUAAACCUAAUUUGGUGUGAUUUGGUUCUGCAAUUAGAGAUCCCAGUGGGUGUUGUGGAUCAACCACACACAGCUCAUACCACGGCCUCAGGAAUCAUUCAGCAGACUAAUUAUGUUUAAUCAAGAUGUGUGAUAAUUAUGUCUUAAUUGGUCCUCUGUGCCUGUUCCCAUCAACCCGUCUUUAUUCCCAGCUUUUUUCCCAUGAAGAGGACGAGCAGUCACUGUUGUUUUUACCAACCUUUUCAAAUGCCUUUCAUUUUUCUCAGAUGACGCCAGUCUGAUCUUGAAUCACCACAAAGAAACGUUUGCACCAAAAAGAGACAAGGCGGGGAGAGGAUUGAAGUUUCAUCAUCCCCAGGUGUACAAAAUCCUAAACUCUGGUUCCUCUGAUCUGAUUUUCUGUUCUUAUUCUUUGCAUGGCGUUUUGGAUAUAUCUUGGAAAUAUUAAUCACAGCACAGAUUAUUUGUAUGGUUUCAAAUGGACCUCUGUAAUAUAAGAAAAAUAUUUAAUUGUAAUAAAUAAUAUAUGAGUUUGAACAUA